AUGGCUGUCCUUAUCUACAUGGAUGAUAUAAUUAUUAUUGGUGAUAAUUUUCAUGAAAUCGAGGCUCUCAAGCGACACUUGAAUGUGAAAUUUCACAUCAAGGAUCUAGGAAAUCUGUGCUAUUUUCUUGGUAUAGAGGUGGCUUACUCUAGUAAGGGAUUAUUCAUCUCUCAUAGGAAAUAUACUCUUGACUUGUUAAAAGAAACUGGGAAACUUGGAGUUGCUCCUGCAGAGUCUCCCAUUAAGUAUAACAGUAAGUUUGCGGAUAAUGUCACCCCAUUACCCGAUAAUGGUCGGUUUCAAAGGGAAGGGGAAUUGGUAGAGCUGCCUGUCCUUGCACAGCCUGAAGCAGCAGCAGUGGGCUUCCUCAUCCUGGAUCACCAGGUAUCCAGAGCCCGGCCCCGCUGGUGGAAACUUCGCAAGGGCCUUGUGGGUGCUACCGAUUCAUGGACAGAGGCCGCGUCAGGUGGGUUUGCAACGUGA